GAGACGGAGUCUCGCUCUGUCACCCAGGCUGGAGUGCAGUGGCGCGAUCUCGGCUCACUGCAAGCUCCGCCUCCUGGGUUCACGCCAUUCUCCUGCCUCAGCCUCUCCAAGUAGCUGGGACUACAGGCGCCCGCCACCACGCCCGGCUAAUUUUUUGUAUUUUUAGUAGAGACGGGGUUUCACCGUGGUCUCGAUCUCCUGACCUCGUGAUCCGCCCGCCUCGGCCUCCCAAAGUGCUGGGAUUACAAGCAUGAGCCACCGCGCCCGGCUACUUUGCUGUUUUCUUCCCUCAAAUAUUUUACUAUUUGUUUUAUUUGGAGUUAAAAUAGGAGUAUCAUCCAUAUGGUCCAUCUUAAUUCACAGAAUUAAAUGAGCUUAAAUAGCAAAUUCAGUAUUUUAUGAUAAUCACUUCAUUUUUAGUUUUUAAAAUUUAGAUUAUAAUUUACAGUGUUUGAGUAUUUUCCCAUUUUUUUAUAACCAUACCUGAUUAUACUGUGUAACAAAUAAAUAUUUUCUAUUGCAGUUUUCUUUCCAGUACUUAUUAGAACUCAGUAUAUGGAAAUAAUUUCAGCUUAAUUGCCCAUAAGAACUGUGGCCAAAAAGAACAGCUUUGUGGAGAGGCAGAUGACAUUAUACCUGAUUUUAGGAAAUCUCACUUUAUUUUUGCUAAUAAGUAGACUAAGUGCUCUGUGUUCUCAGUCUUCCCUUUUUUUCUGCCCCCAUUCUUACUUUGUCCCAUGCAUGCAGAGAAAGAUGGUGAUAUUUUAGGCCAGGAGUAUACCUUGCUUUAACCAAGCAUGCCUUCUUUAUUCCAGCUUCUAUGUUCUAUGUAUAUCAUUAACAUUUUCCCAAAUAAACCCUUAAUUCUCUUUUCCCUAGGUACCAUCUCCUCAAGCUACAAAAUGUCCACAUCUUAUAUCCCCUUUGCUUCUACUGCCCUGAUUUUGUGGUACCAGUACUCUCUGCCACUGAACAUUUUGAAAUAUUUUUGUUUUAGAUUUGCAAAAAAUGACAGAUAGGUCAAUACUCACAUGGACUUUUAAGAUAAAUCACCUGUGUGAUAAUAUUUUGAAUCUGAGUCAAAUACGACUUUCAAAAAUUGUUUUUAAAAAUAGACUUUUUUUUUUUUUUUAGAGCAGUUGUAGGUAAACAGAAAAAUUGAGAGGAAGAUAGAGAUUUCCUUUCUCCCCCAGUAAAGCCCUCAACAGCCUCCCAGGCUAUCAGUAUCCUGCACCACAAUGGUACAUUUGUUACAAUCAAUGAACCUACUCUGAAACAUCAUUAUCAUCCAAAUUUCAUGGUUUACAUUAGGGUUCCCUCUUGGUGUUAUACAUUCUAUAGGUUUUGACAAAUGUAUGAUGAUAUGUAUGCAUCAUUAUAAUAUAGUAUAGUUUCGCUGCCCUAAACAUCCUCUGCAAAUGCAACAUUUUAAUGGGUACCAAAGAAGUAAAUGUAUUUACUGGCUUUUAGAUAAUAAAUAACAGGCUUUAUUGUUUAUUUUAAAAGCUACAAUUUGUUUUAGCUGGUUUCUCUGUUCUAUUAAUGCUUUGAAUUUCCAAAUUUAAUAUAUGUAGUCAUGCAUUUAACUCAAUAUUUAAUUAUUUUUUUAUUUAAUUUUCUAUGUUCUUACAAUAUGUGUAUGAUGUAUAAUUUAAGGGAAAGCUAUGACUUCUCAGUUUCUUAGAAUCCUAGGUAAAUAAAACAAUAAAAAGAAAAUCUUUUCAUUUAAAAGAUCUUUCAGGUACAGAAGUAUUGAUACAACUAAGAUCCUAAAUGUUUUAAUUAGUGUUUACUUAAGCCUUUUUCAGGUGAGGAGGUGCUGGUUAUUUCCUUGAAGCUUUAUGUGGAGCUACAAAUAGAAAUCCAAUCUCCUGCUAAUAGGCAUUUCUUGACCUUUACCCACUUACGCAAGGAGAAGGAAAUCAUAAUGAUGCCACGUGACCAAAGGAAACCAUGGAAGGGUUCACGCUGAUAGCUGAUAGCUUGCACAGUGCUCAUUCCUAACAGUGGAUUUACUUAUGGAAUCGCCACUUAUAUAUGUUUCAGUUUUGCUUUUGAACAUAUUUGAAUUUUCAUCAGGAAUAGUAUAUAAUAAAGGUGAUACAGAGAAACGCUUUGCAUGUUCUGACAAAGGGUUCCCUCAAGAGAAUGAAAUAAUCAAGUUGUAUCUUUUCUUAGAAAACUUGAAAAUCCAGUGUUUCUUCCAAACUGAAAAUGAAAUUGCAUCAAAGGGAAUGCUAAGUGUCUUCACAUCAGGAGGACUUGCUCCCAGCUUAGGAAUCAUGAAUAGUACAUAUAAUGGCAUCUUCCACUUUAAUUUAACGUUGUUCAGUGAUCGGAUUUUGUGGUUGGUUGAUAUUCCUAGAGAAAACAUCACACAAAGCACAGAUAUUGCAGCUGUAGAAGAAUGGUUAGUAAGGAUCACUUUACAUCAUGGACUAAAUAUUUAUGCUACUGAAGGAACUCUAUUGGAUGGUGUUCGAGAACCGAUUCUUCAGUGGACUCUUGGGGAUGUGAUUCCAGAAAGCGAGAUCAGUAAAUUAUAUCCACAUGUGGUAGAUCUCAAAGUGACAAAAUGCCCCUGUGCCAAUGAUGUGGCAUUACUAGGCUUCGUUGUGGAUACAAUACUUGAUGGUGUUUACAUAGGCAUAACCUUUGGUGGAUUCUGGCAUGAUCAUGAUACCACAUGGUUUAACAUGACACAGACUAUCUAUUCCCAACUUCAAGAAGAACAUGAAGACCUUUCAUUGGUGGAUAUGGUUUUAACGAAUCAUUUUUUAGUUAUCCUCACCUCUUUGGGCCUUUUUGUAAGUGAAGAUCUUCGUUAUCCAUCACACUACAUCUUAUCGUUUUCCAGGGCAGACUUUUGUGGUUUCGAAAGGGUUGACUAUGUGAAAGGAAAAUUGUGGUAUAAUGAAAGAUGUUUUGCUAACAGAGAGCACUUUGAAGUUGAUUAUGUUACAGUCACCUUUGAGAGAAACAGAACGCUAAGUGAGUCAAGCUCUUGUUUUUAUAGUCAGGAACCGUUUCUUGAAUGGGUACCCUGCUUACCUCACAUUUUUAAAGGAAUAAAAAUUCUUCCAACUGUGCUAACAUUUCUUGUUGACCAAGAGCAUGGUACUGGAGUUUACCUCUUCUAUAACAAGGUCAGGAAAACUGCCAUUGCCUCUGUGAGCACCCUGAGAAAUAAUGAACCAAAUCCACAAUCAAAAUUUCCAAUUUUUCGGUUUCCUUCAUCAUUCUCUUCUCCCGUUGGAAUGGUAUUUCAUCCCCGAAGCCACUUUUUGUAUGCUUAUGGCGAUCAGAUAUGGCUUUCAGUUGAUGGCGGCAACACCUUUCAAUUAAUAGCUAACUUUCAUGAUGAUAUCAUAAAGAAGACUUUUCAUAGUUUUUAUACAUCAGCUAUUACUUUUGUUUCUCAACGUGGAAAGGUUUACUCAACAAAGGCAGGAAUGGGAAGAUACAGUGCAGUUGGAAAUGUUACUGAGAGAAUUUUCACAUUAUACUAUGAUCACUUGGGAUUCCUACAUAAGCUGACUCUGGGUCGCUUUGAAGCUAGUGGACCACCCACAGCCUUUGGAAAUUCUAGAAAUCUUUUUGGACAGCCUCCGGAUAUGGGCUUUGAGACUGCUCUUGCCCCACAGCAUACCUCCUUAGAUGAAAUUAUCUUUUUUGCAUAUGUACCUGAGAACGAACCCCAGGAAACAAUCUACAGCAAGAAGUUCAGCAAUAUACACUAUGGAAAAGUGAUACACUCUGGGAAAACUGGAAGAGCUUACAUAAGAAAGGUAUUGCAACAUACGAGUCCUAAAGGAUUUUUGUCCUCAGUUAUUGCAGAAAUGAAAGAGCCCUUUGGAUUAGAAGAAGUGAAUGAGAGCUCUUGUUUGUCUAGUUCCCUUUUGAUUAAUAAAGCUGGAAAUGUCUAUAAACUCACUCUUGAUUCACAAGUUGUUCAGGCCUUGUUUGAAGAUACAGAUAUAGAGAAGACUGUCGUGCUUCCUGGGUACAGCAGCUUCCUCAUCACAAGCAUUUUAGAUAAUAAGAAUGCAUUAGCCAUUGCUACCAUGCCUGAAAGUGCACCCAACAAUAUGACCUUUCUAAAGAGCACAUGGUUCUUAUACAACUUUGGGCAAAGGAAUGGACGAACAUGGAAAAUAUAUUCAAAACCAUGUAAUUAUUGGUUUCAACAUGAUGAUUCACCAUCCCUCAACAUCGUGAAAUACAUUGAUCUGGGAAACUCUCAUGUUUUAAAAGCUAAGGUCAUACGGAAUGCAAAAGGUUUUCGAAUGCUUGAAAUACCACUGCUGACUGUGUUUGUUGGAAACCCUAAUUUGUUGGAAGUUAAAGCUGAAGUCACUUUUGAUGAUACUGACAGUUAUCUAAUAACAAUUUCUGCAGCUAGCAAAGUUUUACAUCAGGGUUCAACUUCACUGGCAUUUAUUAUGUGGUCAGCCUCUACUGAGUGCUUUGUUACGACAAUGGUGCCAACACUGAAAAGCAGCUGUAGUUAUCUCAGAUCUAUGCAUCACAUUCCUAGCAAAUUUAUCCCAUUGGAAGACUGGAUUAGUGGAGUUCAUAAAGACAGUCAGGGUUUUAACCUCAUCAAAACUUUGCCGAUAAACUACAGGCCUCCAUCUAAUAUGGGAAUUGCUAUUCCACUCACAGAUAAUUUUUAUCAUGCAGAUCCUAGCAAACCCAUACCAAGAAACCUGUUUCACAUGUCAAAGAAAACUGGUAAAUUCAAACAGUGUGCUAAUGUUUCCACUCGGGAGGAGUGUAACUGCACAAAGGAUCAGAAGUUUUCACAUGCUGUUGCUUUCUCAGAUUGCAGGGAAAAAGUUCCUCGCUUUAAGUUUCCAAUUACACAAUAUCCAGUUUCUUUGGAAAUUAUCACCGAGGACGGACGUGUCCCAUUGCAAUCUCCAUAUCUGGUUACUGUGACUGAAGUGAACAUGAGGCACAACUGGAAACUGAAACACACUGUGCCAGAAAAGAUUAAAAGAAUGAAACAAUUAGUAGAACCAAUUCUUGGUGCUGUAGUGUAUAAUCCUUCAGGUCUCAACUUAAGCAUAAAGGGCUCUGAACUUUUCCACUUUAGAGUGACCGUCAUUUCAGGAGUAACUUUUUGUAACUUAAUUGAAGAAUUUCAGAUUUAUGUUGAUGAGGCACCAUUGCCAUUCCCAGGACACACGCUUAUUGCCGUGGCAACAGCGGUAGUGCUAGGGGGAUUAAUUUUUAUAGCAUUUAUGUUUCAACUGCGUGGCAUCCAUCCGUGGAGGGCAUUCCAAAGAUGGAUUAGAAGAAACCAAGCGAAGUUUUCAAGUAUCUCUCUCAGUGAGCUGAUUCAUAGAUGAAAGUCUGAAGAGUGAACACAUGGUCAUCGUAGUUUCUCUUUAUUUUCUAGUUUUAUCAGACAAUUCCUAGAACAAUAUACUUAAAUGUUAAAUAUGCAAGCUACAUAAAAUCCUACAGAAUUGUCA